UCAGCGGCUACAAACAUGAGUACCUUAUUUCCGGUAUUCCCAGUCUUCUGCUGGCGUGGGAGAUUGCGCUUCCGGUUUUCCGGCUCCGCUUUCUUUCAAAAUGGCGGGAGAGGCUGAAAAUUUCGAUGUUGUGGUUGUCGGUUCUUGCAUGACAGACCUCGUGAGCUUCGUUCCGCGGCUCCCAAAAGCGGGCGAAACCAUACAUGGCGAGAAAUUCUUGAUGGGCUUCGGUGGUAAAGGAGCGAAUCAAUGUGUCAUGGCUGCUCGACUGGGAGCUAAAACAGCAAUGGUCGCCAAAGUUGGCGAUGACUCCUUUGGAGAGCGAUACAUUGAGAAUUUUAAACAAAAUGGUGUAAACACAGGUCAUGUGGGGAUAACAAAAGAGGCUGCUACAGGGGUUGCUCCAAUUUCAGUUAAUGCAAAUGGAGAGAAUUCCAUUGUCAUUGUGAGUGGGGCUAAUGAUAUUCUCUCUGAAGAAGACAUAAAAAGGGCAAAGUCUGUAAUAUCAUCAUCGUCAGUUUGCGUUUGUCAACUGGAAAUAAAUCCAGAAGUGACACAUUACACGCUAUCUCUUGCAAAGAAAGCUGGAGUGCAAACAAUCUUCAACCCUGCUCCAGCCUUGUCAUGGUUGGAUUAUUUUUAUUAUAGACUAAGUGAUGUAUUUUGUGCAAAUGAAAGUGAGGCGGAACUAUUAACAGGCUUAUCAGUAAAAACAAUAGAUGAUGCUGAGAAAGCUGUGCUCAUGAUAUUGGAGAGAGGAGCUGGAAAAGCUGUGAUAACUCUUGGUGGAAAAGGUUCUGUUAUUGGGACUCAGGAAAACCGCAUGCCAAAACACAUUCCAGUUACGCCUGCAGAACCUGUUGAUACAACGGGUGCUGGAGAUGCGUUUAUUGGAGCUCUAGCAUUUUACAUGGCAAAAUUCAAAGACCGGCUUCCCUUUGAUGAGAUGGUUAGGAGAUCAGGUGAAAUUGCUCGAGCGACAGUACUGGCCAAAGGGACACAGUCAAGUUAUCCGAAAAGAAAAGAACUGCCCCCUUCUCUCUUUAGCAAUACUGUUCCAAGAGACAGGUUAUCAUCAACGUGAACUUCAGAAGUCUUAUAAUAAUCAAGAACAAAUUAUAUUAUUUUCAGUAAUAAUAAUAAUAUUAUAAUUAUUAUUAUGUAUCGCUCUAAAUAUUAUUGCUGUUUGUGGAGUUGAGUAAUGACGUACAUGGCAGCUUUUAAGGAGUGUCUUCAGGUGAAAGAAAAAAAUGUACAGCACAUUGGUUGUCUAGAUACAGCCAAACCCAUAUCAUCCUUGUGGGCACCUUUAUGGUACAAGCAGUUCACUUGGUCUCAGGGAAACUGAGUUGAAUUUCGUAAUUAUUAUUACCUCUGCAGUGGGGACACCUUGUUACUACAUCUACCACUUCAUUUGUUCCUGUAAUGAACAAAGUUUGAUUUGCCUUUUUUUCCUGUUCACUUCUGUCAUAUUUAUGAACACCCAGAUACAAGGAAUGUCUCCGUAUCCAUCACUACUCGUCAGGAGAUUUAAUGAUAAUAUUUUUGGACUCCUGUAAUUAACAGCAUCUGAUCAGUGUUUUCUUGUCACAACAUGACAUAAUCUUUUGAUCUUAAUAAGCUUUUAGCCAGAUGGGUGUUCAGGCAUCCUGUGGACUCCCACUUUUUAAAGAAAAGUGUUGUAAUUUUCAUGUUGCUUUAUAAAUCGUUCCCUUUCAGCACAUUUUGGACACCCACUCCUCAAAUCCUGGCUAAAAGCCUGCCUGCCUCCAAAAUCACUAUUAGGAUUAAUAAAUAAUAAAUAAAAUUUAUAUAGGGCAAUGAAUGAUAAAGUGUGAUUUUCAUAAUAUCAUCACUGACAGAAAAAUGUUUCUUAGAGAUGAAUUGAUUUUUUAAAACAUUAUUUUCUGCUUUUGUACCAGUUAUGAGAAUUUAAAUUACAGUUCAACAAGAUAAUCAUGUAUCUCUUAAUUGCGCUGUUUUGAAUUGCAAUAGGUCUCUGUUUGACAUUGAAUUGAUAUAAACAGCAACAAAUAAGAUUGUGGGUAUUUUUUUUUCUUGUUGGUGUGCGUGCAGUGAAUAGCCCAGAUGGCAGAGACAAAUAUUUUGAAUCCCUGAAAGAUUCUACCAUGAAUAAUGUUGAUGGUGAUGUUGGUCACUUACAUAUAAUAUUUUGGUCUAAAUCUACUUAAAAUUUAGAUUUAAAUGGCUUCCUACAAAAAAACAGGUACUACGCUGGGUAGAAGGUGGUAUUGAUUAAAAAUUAUUAACGGAACGAGACUCAGCACUAGUUAGUUUAAUCUUAUUUUCUCAGAAACUUUAACUGUUCAUAAUAAACAUGGAGCUUAAAUUAAAUUUGUGUCAAGGUCCUUUCUUACAAAUCGCAAAAGUGUGAGUGUUUGAAAGCUAUCAACAACAAUUUGAACCUUGUAUAUAAUAUAUGAACACUAAAGACCACAUUUUCAAAGAUGGAGUGGAGAGUUGAAAGUAUGGCGUGCAGCAGAGUAUAUUUGACGAACUUCAAACACUGUCUUGAGUGUUCAAUAUUAUUGUCUCAAUCGAAAGUAAAACUCGGGAGAAAAAAAAACUGAGCUAAUUAAGAUCAGACAUCCAAACACUGUCAUGGUCAUGACUUUGAUAAAUUAUUUAUGAGUUUGAAAAAGCAUGAUUGUUUCGUUCACAAAAGAGCGUGUGUUAUUUUAAGCCUGCACAUGCUUAGAUAUGCAUGAAUAAUCGCAGUUAACGUAUUAGCAUAUUCUAUCCGUUUUUCACAAUCAGUGUUCUUGUAAUGGUUACUGUAGAUUUUGAGUUGUAGUUUUGUUUUGCUGUAACUCUCUUGAGCUGCCGGGUAAGUGUUAGUCAUGAGGCAUCGAACUUCACUUUGCUUUUCUUCAUUUAGUUUCAUGUUUGUUCACACCUGUAUAUAUUUCUAGGUUUCGAAGUAAUUACCAAUGAAUGGAAUUAAAUUGUGACUAAAGUGUCCACUGAUACUUUGAUAACGGUGAAUUGUACAGUGAAUGAAGCAACAAUGAACAAUACCAAAUGAAGUAUUCCUGAAUAGCUCUUAUUUUAAAUAGCUGCUUUAAGCAAGGUUUCACCUGCUAGGGUUUAGGAGUUAAAUGCUUUUCAUGCUGCCUGGACUUGCAAAAAAUGGCAAACAGUGAAGUUCUCAUGUACUAAAGGGAGGCUGGCUUUGACUUAAACUAUUCCAAAUAUUUCGCUUGCACAUGAUUGGUCUAAACACGUCACACAACUAAAUAUGCCACAGUUAAUGCUGACAAAUAUCUGAGUGAUAUUCCCCAAUUUUAAAAACCGCACGUGUUGUGAAAAAUACUUGAAGGAUAAUAAACACAGCCUCUAUUUGGCAUGAAAAUAUGCUUGGAUGAGUGUCCUUGGACAUUAUCUGUUCCUCAAAGCUCACAGAUUUCUUCAAGCUACACUCGCAGAAAAUUGUUCGCUUCUUAGAGCAGAUAAUGUCUGCAGACAAAUAUCUGAGCAUAUUUUCGCACCAAAUUAAUGGAGAUUAUUGUUUAUAUGUAUCACACUUAAUGUUCAUGUUACAGAUAAGUGGCAUUGAAAUUAUUGAAUAUAAACGAUCUUUACAAAACUUAACAGAUUACUAUUGUAUACCUAGGAUCCUGGUUAAUCACAUGCUCUUAGAGUACUGAAAACAAGUUCAUGAAUUAUUCAUUGAUAACCUAGAUAUGGUCCUCGCAUUUCACUAUGUUAAAUUGUCAAGAAUAAAAAAAUUCUUUAGUCU